UUGCAACCGCGUUGCUGAGUGGCUAGAAGGGGGAUUCCGAUCACCCGUCCAAAUUAGGCCAUUCAUAGGCGUCUGUAAAGAGAGACUUUUGCAACCGGACCGGUGUUGUAUAAUGGGGGGCUGGAGAAACGGGGCGACCCCACGUUGAGUCUUUUAUGAGCGUGUGGCGAGAGAGCGGCGAGGUCUGCUGGACUGGGAGGCAGCCCAAGCAAAGACACAUGUUAGAUUCUACAAAGUAAAGGUCGUCCUAUCCCGACGUGUAUUGCAGAGUAGAAAGUUUCUUCGGAGGCAAACCGCACUUGGCGCGGAAGAAACCAUGAACCUGGGGAAAACUCGCUCUCUCACGGUAGGGCUGGUGCUAGUAUGUUGCAUCAGCAAGUCCUUCGGCGUCCCCACUUUCAGAAAGGAAAGAGGCGUUCAUCCCGACACCGAACUCAGCGACCGGCAGCACGAAGAUAACCAGAGCUUCCAGUAUGACCACGAGGCCUUUCUGGGCAAGGAAGAUGCCAAGACUUUCGAUCAGCUCAGCCCGGAGGAAAGCAAGGAACGGUUGGGCAAAAUUGUUGAUCGGAUCGAUGAUAAUAAAGAUGGUUUUGUCACAACGGAAGAACUGAAAAACUGGAUUAAAAGAGUACAGAAACGUUACAUCUUUGAAAAUGUGGCUAAAGUUUGGAAGGAUUAUGAUCUCAAUAAAGACAAUAAAAUUUCAUGGGAAGAAUACAAACAAGCAACUUAUGGCUACUACUUAGAUCAUUCCACAGAAUUUCAAGAUGCCAUUGAACAACACAAUUUUAAGAAAAUGCUGCCUAGAGAUGAAAGAAGAUUCAAACGAGCUGAUCUGGAUGGUGAUUCAGAAGCAACUCGUGAGGAAUUCACUGCUUUCCUUCACCCGGAGGAGUUUGAGCAUAUGAAAGACAUUGUUGUCCUAGAAACACUGGAGGACAUAGACAAAAAUGAAGAUGGUUUUGUGGAUCAGGAUGAAUACAUUGCUGAUAUGUUUGCACAUGAAGAUGGGGGACCUGAACCAGAUUGGGUGGUAACAGAACGUGAACAGUUUGCAGACUUUCGAGAUCUAAACAAGGAUGGGAAGAUGGAUAAAGAGGAGAUUCGACAUUGGAUUCUCCCAGAAGAUUAUGAUCAUGCACAAGCUGAAGCAAGGCAUCUAGUCUAUGAAUCAGAUGUAGAUAAGGAUCAGAAGUUAACCAAAGAAGAGAUUCUAGAUAAUUGGAACAUGUUUGUUGGAAGUCAGGCUACAAAUUAUGGAGAAGACCUCACAAAGAACCAUGAUGAGCUAUGAUGUUCUUUGAAAAGCAAGUGUAUCAGAGACUUGUGUCUGAGUCGCCUAUAGUGAUCAGAAUAACUCUGGUCAUUAUGGCAAAUUAAUUUUGCACCAGUAUAUACUUUCUAACAAAAAGCAAUUCUGUUAAUACCAUUGAAUGUCACAGAUGCCACUUCUUCUAAAUGCAUAUUUUAAUGAAUUCAUUGUAACUUGGGGCGUGCACUUUCCAUUUAUAGCUUGACACACUUUCACUUCAAUCCUAAAUAUGUAAACUUGGAUUUAUCACUAAAAUCAGUGAGGUUUAACUAGUGAAACACAGUAAGACAAACAGCCUCCCAUCUUCCUAACAUGUACUACAUCAUACUGUGUAUGGAGGGUUGACUAAUUCAGUGCUCUUUCAUGGUACAUUCAAGCCCCGUAUUUCAAAGAAUGUGGAGUCUACUAGUUGUGUUGGGGUGCAACUCAUCCCCAGUCAACAUGGCCAAUGGUAGGUGAAAAGCUUGGCUUUCAUCCCUGCCAUGUAGGGAUUUGUUUGAUGUCAGAAUGUUUUCAAAUGUUUUAAUCUCAUGUAUAAUGAAGUGGUAGACGCAUCAUAUAAGGCUACAUUACAUGAAGUAUAGUAUCAUAAAAAUGCAUUGCUCAGGAUUUCAGUUGUAGGUCUCUAUUCAGAACCAAGACCUCAUCACAGAUGGUUAUAUAACCCACAAUGCUCUUGACAGCUGGCAGAUGAUCAGCCCUGUCAUUUCUGAGGGUUGUUGCAAAGGAGACAUCUCCCAGUACUGAUUCCCUUCCAGACUAAUGAGAAUGUCUGGAUUGGGGUAUUUUCAACAAGCUCCGGUAUUUUCAUAAAGAAGAAAAUAUAUAUGUUACUUUACUCUUUCUACAUUCUUUUUCUAAGAUGGGGACAGGCAUUAUGGUGCUGUUGGAAUGCUUGACCCUACUGCUGAAUGUGAUGGGAGGUGCAGUGUUAAAACAUCUGAAAGGCACCAGAUUGCCCUCCACUGUUCUAAGAUGUAAUUUAUGGGAUGUAUGUCUGUGUUCCAUUUUGAAAAUUCUAACAUCAGAAAAGGUGCUCAUUUUCCAUCUUCAUUUCCUCCUUACAGGCGAGCGUAAUAGUACUGAAUAAUACGAAAGGCAGGGGUACCACAGGGAAGGAGAAUUGGUACACAUUCCCCUGAAUACUUGCCAUCAGACAGGGCUUGAGCACAAGCAGCUAUCUUAGUGUGGGACCCUGUGAAUGUUUUUGUUGGUGCUGUUGUGUGUGCGUGUAUGCACACGUACAUGGGGGGAAAUGUACCACUUUUAGAUUUUUGCUGUCACCUAUUAACUUACUGUAUUUCAUGCUGCAUACAAGCUUUUCCAUGUAUAAUUGCAUUUUUGCCUUUAUGGACCAGAACAAUAAACGUGUAACAGUUUUUGAUAUAA